AUGCUGCGCUCAAGCCUGCGCAACGCCGCGCGGUCGCAGCACCUGCUGCGCUACACGGGGGCCGUGCCGCCUCACGCCCAGGCUCCGUCGCGUCUGGCGCCACUGGCGACUAUGGGCCACGAGCUCUCCGUCUUCUCGGCGCCCCGCCAGCCGUCGACGCCGCUGACGCUGCCACUGCUGCCGCAGUACUCGCCGCUGCUGGCGCGCGCGCAGACGCGCAGGUUCGCCGCGCUGCCCACGAAGCCUUCCACGUCAUCGACGGCGACUGCGUCGACCACGCCGGCCCCCACGCCCGCCGAGGCCGCGGCCAUGAAGAAGAAGAUCGCGGCCGCCAGACGCCGCCGCAGCAAGAUCCGCGUGCAGGAGGAGAAGCUCGAGUCGGCUCUGGAGAAGGGCGGCGAGCGCCGCAUGAUCCGCGUUGAGGACGUGGAGAAGGAGCUGCCCAAGGUACCCGAGCACGCCGUCACGCUGCUCAAGCGCACGCCGCAGCUCGCCGUGAAGGGCGUCAAGGCCGUGGCCCACGCGCUGCAGGUGCUGGUCACGGACCCGGCCGCGGUCAAGGCCUGGCUCGUGGAGAUGAAGGGCAAGGCCAAGCACGAGCUCGACCACUACUGGCUCGGCACCAAGCUGCUGUACGCGGACGUGUCCACGUCCACGCGCAUCCUGCGCCGCCUGCUGAAGGGCAACGCGCUCUCGCGCCGUGAGCGCAAGCAGCUGCAGCGCACGGUGGCGGACCUGCUCCGUCUCGUGCCCUUCGCGUUCUUCGUGAUCGUGCCGUUCAUGGAGCUGCUGCUGCCCGUGGCGCUCAAGGUGUUCCCCAACAUGCUGCCGAGCACGUACAAGGACUCGUUCCAGCGCGAGGAAGACAUGAAGCGCCAGCUGCAGCUGCGUGUGGCGCUUGCUGAAUUCCUGCAGGACACGGUGAAGGAAAUCAUGCAGGACACUCGCGACACGGAAGGUGUAUCGGAGGAGCGCAAGGCUACGGCGAGCGAGGUCAUGAACUUCGUGGAGCGUGCCCAGCGCGGCGAGCCUUUGACGUCGGAGGAGACGCUUCAGGUCGCGAAAUUGUUCAACGAUGAGCUGAUGCUGGACAAUAUCUCUCGGCCGCAGCUUGUGGGCAUGUGCCGAUUCAUGGGCGUGCAGCACUAUGGCAACGACAACCUCCUUCGAUUCCAGCUGCGCAACCGUAUCCGUCAGCUGAAGAAGGACGACCAGGACAUCAUUUGGGAGGGCCUGGACUCGCUUGACAAGGAGGAGUUGCAGAUGGCCUGUAUGGAGCGUGGUAUGCGUGCCACAGGUCUCACCAAGGCUGGUUACGUGCGUCAAAUGCGCCAGUGGCUCGACCUGUCCAUCAACAAGAACGUGCCGGCGUCGCUGCUCAUCAUGUCGCGGGCACUGAACAUUACUGCUGCGGACAACUUGGAGGAGGCCCUGGCCACGUCGAUGUCGUCUAUGGACGAAGAGGUGGUGACCGAGGUGGCGCUGGCGGCGAAGACGACGGAGGAGACGCCUGAGAUGCGCAAGCUGAAGCUCGACAGUAUUCGUUACCAGAAUGAAAUGAUUGCGGAUGAGGAGAAGUUCCGUGACGAAGCUCAGAAGAGGGAGACGGAGGCCCAGAAGCAGGCCGAGAGCGAUGCCGCUGCUGCCGCUGCUGAGACGAAGACUGAGGUGGAGCAGGUGAUUGCUGAUGUCAUCAUGGAGAAGGCACAGACGCAGCCGACCCCCGCAUCGUCAACUUUGACUCCAACCAUCGAAAACGUAGUUAGUUUGGAGGAGCUGAGCGCUCUCGAGUCUCUUGCGUUCAAGUCGUUGGUCGAGAAGGAGCGCCAGACGGUGAGUCAGCUGAAGCAAAACAAGUACGAUAUGGACGUGGAGGGUCUGCUGGCGGCAGGUCGUAUUGGUGCCCAGGCUGCGGAGAAUAAGACGGCUGGCCGUAUGAUGAAGAAGCUGGAGUCGAUGCUGUCCAACCUGGAGGUGGAGAUCGAGGAGGUUGACCGUCACGUUGGUGACCGCCUCAACAUUCUUGACCGCGAUAGCGAUGGUGUGCUUUCGGCUGAGGAGCUGCGUGACGCUGUUAUGACAAUUCUGCGCAAGGCAAACACGCAGGAGGACGUGGAGUGGGUCAUUUCGCUCAUCGAUGAAGACAACGAUGGCAAAAUCGCUCUGGAGGAGCUGGUGGCCUGGAUUGCCAAGUGCCGCGAGAGCCUGGAGGCUACGGGGCGCAUUGCUCUGCAGGAACCGGCGGACGCCACCGCGGAGGCUACUGCAGCAGCAGCAGAAGCCGAGAAGGCCAAGGUGGAGAAGGCAGAAAAGGCGAAGGUUAAGCGAGCAAACAGCCGUAAGAAGAAGGAGAAGGAGCAGUAGUCCUUCCCAGCAACCGGUGCUUGCCAUUGUGAUAGACGAUAGAGAGAGGUUGCUCAGUGUACCAUGCGCUGCACCCCUCGGUUAUCGCUUACCUCACCUCAAAUAGAUAUUUGCCAACGCUUUGGCUUGUUAGAGG